GGGGAGGGGCGGGGAGAGAGGGGGGGGGGUUCAGAGUAUCCCUUUAAGUAAGUGAUCGUCGUCGAGCCCUCCGACAUUUUUUUCUACGCCCGGAGUCCGCCUCGUUUUGCCCCGCCGCUACACUGCGCAGCCAGCCAGCCAGCCAGCGCUCAGUCGGUGCGUGUGAGGGCUCAGAGCGCGUCUCCGCCCCGUCCAGCUCCGGGGGAAAGAACGAGGAACGGCCAGGCCAACGCACGGUCCCAGCGCACACCCGGCACCAACGACAGAAACCCUUCGGCAAGGACGUUAAUUUCACCCGCAGCGUUCUCCCACACGAUCCCCGCGAUGGACCCAGCGACUCAAUCCGCCCAGAUCUCGUCGUCGCAGGGGGCCGCCGACGGACACAACUCCGCCGCCAAAGACUCGAAGCUGUCCGAUUCCUUUCUUUCCUCUUCGCCUGUAUCUCUCAUUCAGUCUCCUCAAGAGAAAAGGGUGGUCUUGGGCUCCGACAAGCCCUGUGAAGGUGUGGCCACUUCCCUUCGCUUUCCCUCUCAACCUGGCUCAUUCUCACCUGGUAACUAUGGGGGUGAGGCCGGGCCCCCUGAAGGACAGCCAGAUUCACCGAUUAAGACAUCUCCAGUGUCAGAAAGAAUAAAGGCACUGGAAGCUCUUGCUGCCAAGAAGAAGGAGCAUGAUUUUAGGAGCGAUGGAGGUUUUCCUCACUUCAGAGAUCGCCAUUUUGAGAAAUCACCCACUGAGCAGAACACUUCAACUUCCCAGAAGAAAGGAGGUUCCACAGACCCGGAGUCACCAGAAUCCCCCUUUGAAGUUCUGGGAGAGCCACGUGCAGUCAACGAGUUUGAAGAUACAGUCGACUGGAUGAGAGCUCACUUACCUCCGGCUCCUGACUUUGAUGCUGUAGAUGUAAACAAAGGCACUCAGGCUUUGGAAAAAAUAUCUCCAUCAAAAGAGGUAAAAGAGGCAGAUAUUGUUAUACCAGAUGUUCCGGAAGCUUUUGCUAGCAUCCCUGAUGCUUUCCUGGAUUCUCCAAUUGAAGCUCCAGAACUAAAAGAUGAGUUCAUUGAGGUAGCCAAGCAACCUAGUGUGGAGGAUGAAUCUGAAUUUGACCUUAGCUUUUUACCAACCACCUACAUGUGGGACCAGCAAGAAAAAUCCAGUGCCCCGGUUCCACCUGACCCACUGCUCCCUGCUUCACCUGCUCCCCCCACAGACUUCAGCUCCCCAUCUCCUCCCCUCUCCCCUCCUGCUUCUAAUGCUAAACUGGAUGGUCUGGAUGCUAACAAAGCCUCAUGGGGUAAGGAUCUAGAAACCCAAGAGAUAGCUGAAGUGGACAGUUCAGGGGAGUCUGAUGAUACUGUCAUUGAGGAUGGAGCCUCUGUCACUGCUCCCCCUGUUUCUAACUCCUGUGAUGGUGCACCUACAAGUGAGCCUACUGCUACUCCCACCCCCUCAGUUCCCUCUGCCCCCACUGAAAAAGAAAACAUCACACCAGUGAAGUCAGAGAAGAGGCUUAUGCAUAUCCCAACCAUCAAUGUUAUUGAGACUGAUGAACCUAAUUAUAGUGAGGAGGAAAUGGAACUGGAAGUAGAGGAAGAUGAAGACUAUGAGGUUGUAAAAGCCCCAGCCCAAGAAGCUCCCCUAACUCCUGAACCAUUGCCAGAAGCAACCACAAUGGAACCACUCAAGAUACGCCCCUUAGAAACUGAAUUUAUGGAAGGUUACUCUCCUCCAUCCUCACCUGUAGACUCCGAUGCUGAAAACUCUCCAAAACACGAAAUUUCCAGAUCUGAACCUGAAGUUACCCAUGUAAAAUCUGCAUGGGAAACUGAUGAGUUACAGAAUGCAGCCAUUUCAACAGACUCAAAUUCUGAUAAUUCCCAAGUACAACCUGAGAGAUCUAUGACCCCCUCCAAUGAAGUGGAAGAUAAACCCUCCCCUUUCACUGCCAAAUCACCUAUUGUGUAUGAAGAGGAAGAUUUCCCAGACGAUGAUGAGUGGUCUGAUGAAGCACAAAACAUCAAAGUUGAGCUUGACCAAACUGAUGUUCCUGCUCAGGGUAUAGCCGACACCCUCUCUAAAUCAGAUGAGGUCAACAAUGAAUAUAAACAGGGCUAUACUGAGAUUGUAUCACUUUCUAAAUCUAGCUUCAUACAAGAUGUAUAUGACAGACAAUCAUUUGAUGAUUAUGACGCAACCCCUUCCUUAGACAGCAUGCUUGACAAGAAGGAAAUAAAACAUACUGAAGAGCCCACCCUUUCCAAUCAACCCAAGAUUCAAAUGGAAGAGUUGAGAACAAACCAAACUGAAAAUUAUGCCCCAGAGGACACCCUGGAUCUUGAGGAUGUCAAGGCACAGGAUGAUGAAGACUCAAUCUCAAAGCCAGUUGGUGGUCAGCCAUCUCCAAGCAAAGGCCCUCAAGACCCUUACAGUUCUUUCCAAAGUGAGCCACCAAGCAGCCACAGUGAGCCAGUAAUUGAUGAAGUGAGAGACGAAUUCGAUACAGAUAAUUUGACAAACAGCAAAACUCUUUUACUGCAAGAUAUUGGCUCAAAGACUCAGAAAGACACUAAAGCAGGUCACCACACACCUGACACAACAAGUGACCCAGAAAGCAUAGAGCCCAACUGCUUGGUUUCUGGGGCAACUGACAGCUUCGUAGAGUUCAUGAGGGAGUGUCUGAAGUCGAGGCAAGAUGACGAACCAAGUGACCCCCAUCAUGGUCUCCCCUCUAAAAAUGAACUCCCCAGAACGGUUGUGCCUCCUUCCCAUGCUUCACCAAUGGUCAUGAUGGAUCUUGAACAAGAGCAGCUCACUAUCAGUGCUCUCAAAGAGCUUGGCAGCAGUCAGGAGGAAGAGGCAGAGGAGCAGUUGCACCAGCCCAGUGUCAAAGUUUCUGACCAAGACAAAGCUGACAGCAUUGUGAUAUCUGUGAGGCAGACUUCCUUCACCUCAACUCCCAGCCCUCCAACUCCCCAGACCCACCCUGCUUCUGACAGCACAUAUUCCAAAGAGGUAGAGGCCAUCGACGAGUGGGUGGCCGAGGCCUACCAUCUUGCUGAGCAUGUCUUGACAGCAAUACUAAUCCACUUAUCAGUCAAGGACCUGAUACACUGGCGGGACCCCAAGAAGUCGGGCGCGGUGUUCGGCCUGUCCAUGCUGCUGCUGCUGUCGCUGGCGGCCUUCAGCGUCAUCAGCGUGAUGUCUUACCUGCUGUUGGCCCUGCUGUGCGUCACCAUCACCUUCCGCAUCUACAAGUCCGUCAUCCAGGCCGUGCAGAAGUCCAGCGAGGGACACCCCUUCAAAGUGCUGAUGGAAAAGGAUCUCACCAUUCCCCCGGACACCUUCCGCAAGCACGUGGACGCCAGUCUGACCUAUAUCAACCGAGCCCUCAAGCAGAUGAGUCGCCUCUUCUUGGUGGAGGAUCUCGUGGACUCCCUGAAGCUGGCUGUGGUUAUGUGGCUGCUGACCUAUGUGGGAGCUGUCUUCAACGGAAUCACCAUCCUCAUCCUGGCUGACAUCCUCCUCUUUGCUAUUCCCCCAAUCUACGAGAAAAACAAGACCCAGAUUGAUCAGUACAUUGACCUUGUACGCACUCAAGUCAGCACCACAAUUGCCAAACUGCAAGAGAAACUCCCCGGAGCCAUGAAGCGCAGCAAAGCCGAAUGAUCAUUCCCCCUUCAUAACCCCUUCAUCACCAUCAUCGCCAUAUAAAACUCCUUCCCUUCCUUUUACCCCCCCCCCUCCUCCAUCUAACCACUUCUUUGCCCCAUCUACCAGCCAUUUCACCACCACCCUACUGCACUGAACCAGCUAGUAGAAAACUUCUGAGCUACUCAAUAUUCAACGUAAACUACUGUGCAGCUUAACUAUGAGCAUUAGAAAAGAGACGUGCCUGUGCAGACGAGGAGCACGCUCCUCUCAGAGGGCAGUGAUGUGUCGCUGUGGCAGCUCGCCCGUCUUGGGCGUGCCGCAGUGAAAACCAGGCAGGGUCACUUGAACUAGACUGAAUCUAUAACCUGGCGUUGUAGUGCAUGGGAACGGAGGGGUGUAGUAUUUACAUAUGAGGGUGUGCGUUAGUCUCGCAAAAGCAAAUGUCUGUACUUUAACCAUGCAUACAUGAACACAAAGCAAAAUGGAUGAAACCAGUUAUUAAAGGACAAAAAAUGGGAACACUGCUUUAAAAAGAAGCGGCCCGGUCGGUUGCUGUGGUCCUGAGGCAGCAGGAUGAGAACCGGUUUGCUUGCAAGGUGGUCACGGGAUCCUUCAGCUCUGAUUGGCUUAUUAAGUCGUCAAGUGUUUCCCCCCCCCCCCUUCUGUUCACUGUUAAGGCACAUGUAUGGAUGUUCUUUGCAAUGCACCGGUAAUGCGAUUAUGUUUUCAAAAUUAUGUUUUCGAAAUUAUGUUUUCAAACGCCACCUGCAGGUUAAAAUAAAAGGAUUGGAGCACUGACCCAGCUGUGAUAAUUUGGUCUAGUUCACCCUGUUAUGAUUUCAUGUUGUUUUUUUAUGUAUGUUUUAUUUAUGUAUACACACACACACGCACACACACACAGACAACAGACACUGCUGUAUGGAACAGUUUGUGUUGCUCUUGAUUCUAAAAGGACAGCGCCCCCUACAGCACUCCUAACUUGUUUUGCUCACAAACUGGUCAGAGAGCGUUGAGGUUUUUCCACGUGUACAUUCUGACUGACCUCGUCAGUUGUUAAGUAUUUAUUACUCGUAGGCUGGCUGCUUUUAACUCCCUGCUAGUUACACCACAGCAUCAUAAGCGCGCCAUAAGGUGUCAUAAGGCUUCUUAACGUUUAAAGCGCGUGUCCGCAGAGGCCCCGGUGGGGGGGGGGGAGUAACUUGCUAGCUAGCUAGCUAGCUGCAGGGAGAACGCAGGUGGCGAGUGUGGUGGGGCCCUCGGGGGCCCUCUCGGUGUUCGUUGUAGUUUUCUCUCUCGACGCUAUGAAGCGCAUGUCAUAGUGUGUGAGCCGGAGACAGACUCUUAACCCCUUGACGUAGGCUGUAUGCUAAUCCCGACCUUACUUGGUUUCUAAGAUGGUUGUUCUUACUCGUGGUCGUUGAGAUGGUGUUCUUGACUUUGGGAGGAGCGUUCGAGGAGUUGUGCGUUAUACCUCCGCACCCCCGAGGAGGGUUUAUACCGCAGCCGGCGACUCGCAGAUGCCGCUCACCACGUGUUCUUGGCGCGCUUUCUGUGUGACCCUGCGCGCUGUGCCGACGGGGCCCACGAGGAAUCCGUCGGUUCCGGUUGCCUCUGUCGUCGGGUCUCGCUGCCCGUUCGAGGGUCGUGUCAGACCUGGUGGCGGCGUGAACUCGCCGGAUUUCGGUCGUUCACGCCGAUGGAGGCUUCACGGGCCGCGGCCAUGACCGGGGGUCACAAGAACCGGAUGUUGUUGUGCGUCACACUGCCCCGCCUCACACGCGGUCCCGCGCGUCCUACAUCUGAGCGGUGUGUCCGGGGGGUUACUGCGCAUGGGUAACACGUGGUGCAUUAUGGGGGCUCGCGUGUUGGAGUAGACCAGGCUCUUCACGUCACUCUUCUGGAGCAGUUUACUGCGGUUCCACACACCCGUCUGGUCACGCGGCAUGACGGCCGGCUCGUGCCUGCCCCACGUGGGCUGUGGUAUAAAUCCGACUUCCUCUUUCUACCUUAAAGCGUGUCGCUCGGCUCCCUCCGCCGCUGCGCCCUCUGUGGUUGGGUUGGGUUGGGUUGUGGGGGGGUGGGGGUGAGUGUGGAGUGUUUUUAUGCUUUCUGUUUGCCAGUUUGGGUUUUCUUUUUCUUUUUUUUUUCUUUUUUGUUGUUGCUUUUGGGUUGUUCUGGUAUGUAGGUGUGUUCACUAACAUCGCAGCUCUGUUUGUCAGCUAUGACCUAAACUCCUAUUUUGAAGCUUUUUGGAGAGAUGUCACAGAAAAAAAAGAAAAAUGGUGGAGAAUUAAAAAAAAUCAAUAAAUGAAAAAGUGGUCCCUGUACUGAUGUUAAAAGUGAAAUUAAUAAAAACAUGUGAAAGGA